AUGGGCGGCCUCGCCUUCAGCAAGGGGCCGAAUGCCUUGAACACGCCUCGGAUGUCUCCCUUCGUCUAUCAGCACGUCAGAGAAAAGUGCCAUGCAGCUCUCCGAGAGCUGUUCGUCGUGGUAGCCACGCCUAUCGAAGGGCCCGGAAAGACCGAUUAUGGUGACAUAGACAUCUUUGUCACCUGGAAGAAGGACGAGUAUUUUGGUUCGUUCCCAGGCAAUACUAUCUCCGGAGCCGAUCAGAAGUAUCCGUUUGAUGCCAUCAAACAGCUGCUGGGCGCCAAGCGAAUUAUACAGGAACAACCCAGCGCAGCCAUGCUUGCGAUCCCCUGGCCGCAGAGCCUUCCCAUCGCUAUCGAGGAUCCAAUGAAAGAGACUGCAGAUGGCCCACGCUUCAUUCAGGUUGACGUACAUAUCUGUCCUUCAUUGGAGAACCUCGAGUGGUUCAUCUUCAAGCAUGCCCAUGGCGAUCUCUGGAACCUUCUGGGCAGUACGAUCCGGCCGUAUGGCCUCACAGUCGACGAGGUCGGUCUGUAUAUCCGCAUCCCGGAAAUUGAGAAGCUGGACAGAAAAAAGGCCAGGGUUCUUCUCACGGAAGACCCCUGCCAAGUCCUCACAUUCCUUGGUCUAGAAUACACUGGCCAAGAAUGGGAGGAGAAGUUCGGCAGCAUGGAAGACGUAUUCGAAUACGCUGCGACGACUCGCUUCUUCUGGGUACGCCCGGCUUCCAGUGAAGUUGACAGUACCAUUAGUGACGGCGAAGAGUGCAUUGGAGGCGAGUUUACGAAGAAGAAGCUCAAGUCAAAUGACCGACGACGAAUGGGGCAACGUCCCCUUUUCCGAAGGUGGAUCGAAGAGUUUCUACCAAAGUGCCGAGAGCAAGGCCGAGCCAACCACCAACAUCUCAGUCGAGAUGAGACCAGAGAAGAAGCGUUUCAGCAAUUCGGGGUCCGCGAUGUCUACCACGCACGUUUGAUUGACUUUCAGAAGGAGCGCCAGAGACAGACACUGUGGAAAGACGUUAUCAAGGCUGCCAUCCCGCCGAACCUCGACCCGCACUGGCGAAGUGUCGCAGCGAGUGCUCUGAAAAAAAUCAUUAUGCAGGACGACGACAGUUUCGAUGGCUAUCGUCCCCAGGUGCAUAUUCGAGAUGAUGAUGGAAUGUACAUCGAAGACGAGGUUCGCCGCUUUGUUCAAGACUCAUGGGAAGCUGUCGGCAAGAUCGCUUGGGAGCAGAACCAACUGCGCUUCAAGGAGAAAAUGGCCAUGCAAACUGUCAAAGGAACGAAGCGCACGGCGUCUGGCGGCGAGAAGGGGAGUCAGAGCCUCGACCACGAGGAGGCCCAAUGA